AUGGCAGAGUUUGUAAAGCUUUCUAUUUUCGGUACAGUUUUUGAAGUCACCACCAGAUAUGUGGACUUGCAACCUGUUGGUAUGGGUGCUUUCGGUCUUGUCUGUUCGUCCAAGGAUCAAUUAACAGGCAUGAAUGUCGCUAUUAAAAAGAUUAUGAAACCUUUUUCAGCACCCGUCUUGGCAAAGCGUACUUAUCGUGAAUUAAAGUUAUUAAAAGCUCUUCGUCAUGAAAACAUUAUCAGCUUGAGUGAUAUUUUCAUUUCACCUUUGGAAGAUAUUUACUUUGUCACAGAGUUAUUGGGUACAGAUCUUCACCGAUUAUUACAAUCACGUCCCUUGGAAAAGCAAUUCAUCCAAUACUUUUUAUACCAAAUCUUGAGAGGAUUAAAAUAUGUUCACUCCGCUGGUGUUAUUCAUCGUGAUCUUAAACCAAGCAACAUUUUGAUUAAUGAAAACUGUGACCUCAAGAUUUGUGAUUUCGGUCUUGCUCGUAUUCAGGAUCCUCAAAUGACAGGUUAUGUCUCCACCAGAUAUUAUCGUGCUCCCGAAAUCAUGUUGACCUGGCAAAAGUAUGAUGUUGCAGUGGAUAUCUGGAGUACUGGCUGUAUCUUUGCUGAAAUGCUUGAAGGAAAGCCAUUAUUCCCUGGCAAAGAUCACGUCCAUCAGUUCUCCAUCAUCACCGAGCUUCUUGGCACUCCCAACGACGAUUUAGUAUCCACCAUCUGCAGUGAGAAUACACUUCGUUUCGUAAAGAACUUGCCUCAACGUAGCCCUAUUCCCUUCUCUGAGAGAUUUGUUGGCCAAGACCCCCAAGCAAUCGAUUUAUUGGAAAAGAUGUUGACAUUUGAUCCUCGUAAACGUAUCAAUGCUGAAGAAGCCUUAGCACAUCCUUAUCUUGCACCAUAUCAUGAUCCUACUGACGAGCCUGUCGCACCCGAGAAGUUUGAUUGGUCAUUUAACGAAGCGGAUUUACCUAUUGACACAUGGAAGGUCAUGAUGUAUUCUGAAAUUUUGGAUUUUCACAAUGUUGAUAAUGUAGAUGGCUCACAAUUUUUGGGAACUCCAUUGACAGGUCCUACAAUGGAAAAUCCUGACGGAGGUUUCGUCACAAAUACCGAAACAGAAGAACCUAAUUUCCCUCCCCAAUAAAAAAAAGAAAUUUGUGCAUUACUCCGACUUUGACACAUAACCCUGCACUAUUUAUUUUUAAAAAAAAAACUCUUUCACACAUACAAAUAUGUUUCUCGCACGCUUUAAACCUUUGGCCUUUACUGCCUCCAGAUAUUACACAAGUGGCG